AUGGUAAAUGAAAGCAAAAACAUGUACAUCCCGGAGGACACCCUUGAGAACCAUCAAGGCUCCGACUACUCCCCCCCUCCCCCCCUUCCUCGCCCUCCUCCCCCCGGCCUGACCAACGAGCACAGUGGCGGUGGUAGCCAUGGCGACCAUGAUGGAGGCGGGGGCGGGGUCAACCACGGGGUGGGCGUGGUGGGCCUGGCCCCGGAGCACAUCCCCACACCGGGGGCGGCCCUGAGCUGGCAGGCGGCCAUUGACGCUGCGCGGCAGGCGAAGAUGAUGGGCAACGCAGCAUCGAGCGGAGGGGCGGGGCUUGGGUCGGGAGGGGGCGGGCCCAUCUCCACGGCCAGCUCCACGCAAAGGAAGAGGCAACACUAUAGCUCUAAGCCCAAGAAACAGACAACGACGACAGCCACAAGGCCGCCACGGGCCCUGCUCUGUCUCACGCUCAAGAACCCCAUCCGCAGGGCCUGCAUCAGCAUUGUGGAGUGGAAACCAUUUGAGAUCAUCAUCCUGAUGACCAUUUUCGCCAACUGUGUGGCCUUAGCCGUCUACAUCCCCUUCCCCGAGGACGACUCGAACGCCACCAACUCCAACCUGGAGCGCGUGGAGUAUCUGUUCCUCAUCAUUUUCACGGUGGAGGCAUUCCUGAAGGUAAUAGCCUACGGCUUACUCUUCCACCCCAACGCCUACCUGAGGAACGGCUGGAAUUUGCUGGACUUCAUCAUCGUAGUCGUAGGGUUAUUCAGUGCGAUCUUGGAGCAGGCCACCAAGGGAGACGGCGCAACUCCUAUUGGAGGGAAGGCAGCAGGCUUCGAUGUCAAGGCUCUGAGGGCAUUCAGAGUACUCAGACCCCUCAGACUGGUCUCUGGAGUACCCAGUUUACAGGUAGUGUUAAACUCCAUUAUCAAAGCCAUGGUUCCUCUGCUCCACAUCGCCCUGCUGGUCCUCUUCGUCAUCAUCAUCUAUGCCAUCAUUGGCCUGGAGCUCUUCAUGGGCAAGAUGCACAAGACCUGCGUUACCGAGCAAUUAGCCACCAUUGCGGAGGAAAAGCCGGCACCGUGUGCACCUGAUGGAGCUUAUGGCCGACACUGUAUGCGUAACGGAACAGUGUGCAAAAUGGGAUGGGAGGGCCCAAACGACGGCAUCACCAACUUUGACAACUUUGCCUUCGCCAUGUUGACGGUGUUCCAGUGUAUAACCAUGGAGGGCUGGACGGACGUGCUGUACUGGGUGAAUGAUGCAGUAGGGUACAGGUGGCCCUGGGUAUAUUUUGUCACCUUAAUCAUCAUCGGAUCCUUCUUUGUGCUAAACUUGGUUCUGGGUGUAUUGAGCGGAGAGUUUUCCAAGGAGAGGGAGAAGGCCAAGGCACGUGGUGACUUCCAGAAACUCAGAGAAAAACAGCAACUGGAGGAGGACCUCAAGGGCUAUUUAGACUGGAUCACUCAGGCUGAAGACAUUGACCCAGAGAACGAGGAGGAGGGCAUGGACGACGACAAACCUAGAAACCUGAGCAUGCCAGCCAGUGAGAAUGAAUCAGUCAACACAGACAACGCCCCCGGGGGAGACGUGGAGGGGGAGACCUGCUGUACCCGACUGGCAAAUAGAAUCUCCAAAUCCAAGUUCAGUCGAUAUUCUCGGAGGUGGAACCGGCUGUGUAGGAGGAAGUGCCGGGCAGCGGUCAAAUCGCAGGUUUUCUAUUGGCUGGUCAUCUUCCUGGUUUUCCUCAACACUCUGACCAUCGCCUCUGAACAUCACCAGCAGCCUCAGUGGUUAACUGAUGUACAAGACAUAGCAAACAAGGUGUUACUAGCACUCUUCACUGGCGAGAUGCUGUUGAAGAUGUACAGUCUGGGUCUGCAGGCGUACUUUGUCUCGCUCUUCAAUCGCUUCGACAGCUUCGUAGUAUGUGGAGGAAUUCUCGAGACAAUUCUGGUGGAAACCAAGAUCAUGUCUCCUCUCGGCAUCUCGGUCUUACGUUGCGUACGCUUGCUGCGAAUCUUCAAAAUAACCAGAUAUUGGAACUCCCUGUCCAACCUGGUGGCUUCCCUGCUAAACUCUGUUCGCUCCAUCGCAUCCCUGCUGCUCCUGCUCUUCCUCUUCAUCAUCAUCUUCUCCCUGCUCGGCAUGCAGCUCUUUGGUGGAAAAUUCAACUUCGACGAGACCCGACGCAGCACCUUUGACAACUUUCCCCAGUCUCUGCUCACUGUGUUUCAGAUCCUAACAGGAGAGGACUGGAACUCUGUGAUGUAUGAUGGCAUCAUGGCAUACGGUGGACCGUCCUUCCCCGGCAUGCUGGUCUGCAUCUACUUCAUCAUCCUCUUCAUCUGCGGAAACUAUAUCCUGCUGAAUGUCUUCUUGGCCAUCGCUGUGGACAAUCUGGCAGAUGCUGAGAGCCUGACAUCAGCCCAAAAAGAAGAGGAAGAGGAGAAAGAGAGGAAAAAGCUGGCCAGGUUGGCCAGUCCAGAGAAGCGUCAUAACAAUGAAAAGCCACCUCUUGAGGAGGAGAAGAAGGAGAAGAUAGAGCUGAAGUCCAUCACUUCUGAUGGCGAGACCAACACUGCUACGAAGAUUAACAUGGAUGAGUACUGUGGCGAUGAGAGUGAAGAGAAGAAUCCGUAUCCUGCCAAUGAUUACAUAGGAGACGAUGAUGACGAUGAGCCAGAAAUGCCAGUGGGCCCGAGGCCUCGGCCACUCUCCGACAUUCAGCUGAAGGAGAAGGCCAUUCCCAUGCCCGAGGCCCGCGCCUUCUUCAUCUUCAGCCACACCAACAAAUUCAGGGUUCUGUGUCAUAAGAUCGUCAACCACAACAUCUUCACCAACCUCAUCCUCUUCUUCAUCCUGCUGAGCAGCAUCAGUUUGGCAGCAGAGGACCCGGUCCAGAAUGACUCUUCCAGAAACAAGAUCCUGGGCUAUGCAGACCAUGUCUUUACUGGACUCUUCACCAUAGAGAUCAUUCUUAAGAUGACAGCCUAUGGAGCCUUCCUACAUAAAGGUUCAUUCUGUAGAAACUAUUUCAAUAUUCUGGACCUGGUGGUGGUCAGCGUGUCCCUCAUCUCCUCUGGAAUACAGUCCAGUGCAAUUAAUGUGGUGAAGAUCCUGAGAGUUCUGCGGGUGCUCAGACCACUGAGGGCCAUCAACAGAGCCAAGGGACUAAAGCACGUAGUGCAGUGCGUGUUUGUGGCCAUCAGGACCAUCGGCAACAUUGUCAUCGUCACCACGUUGCUCCAGUUCAUGUUCGCCUGCAUUGGAGUGCAACUCUUUAAGGGCAAGUUCUUCUUCUGUACCGACAGCUCUAAACAAACUCAGGCAGAGUGCAGGGGUUCCUACAUUAUGUAUAAGGACGGAGAUGUGGGAAAGCCAGAAAGAGCCCAGAGAGUGUGGGAGAACAGUGACUUUAACUUUGACGAUGUCCUGCAAGGCAUGAUGGCCCUGUUUGCUGUGUCUACCUUUGAGGGCUGGCCAGGGUUACUGUACCGAGCCAUAGACUCGCACGCUGAGGACGUCGGGCCCAUCUACAACUACCGAGUGGUCAUCUCCAUCUUCUUCAUCAUCUACAUCAUCAUCAUUGCCUUCUUCAUGAUGAACAUCUUCGUCGGUUUCGUCAUCGUCACGUUCCAGGAGCAGGGAGAGCAAGAAUAUAAGAACUGUGAACUGGACAAGAACCAGCGUCAGUGUGUGGAGUAUGCUUUGAAGGCUCGUCCGUUACGUCGCUACAUCCCCAAAAACCCUUACCAGUACAAGGUGUGGUAUGUGGUCAACUCCACCUACUUUGAGUACCUGAUGUUCACACUCAUCCUUCUCAACACCAUCUGUCUGGCCAUGCAGCAUCAUGGACAGACCAAAAAUUUCAAUGAUGCCAUGAACAUCCUCAACAUGCUCUUCACUGGACUCUUCACAGUGGAGAUGAUCCUCAAACUGAUCGCCUUCAAACCCAGGGGGUACUUUAGUGAUCCCUGGAAUGUGUUUGAUUUCCUCAUCGUAAUUGGCAGCAUAAUAGACGUCAUUCUCAGUGAGAUCAACCCAGCUGACUCCUCCUCGUCCUCGUCCUCCUCCUCUUCGUCCUCCUCCUCCUCUUCCUCCUCUCACCCCCCUGCGGUAAGGCCAAUGGUACGCUCCGACGGUAACCUCGUCCGCCUCCCUACCUCCUCCACCAUCCCUCCGUCCUUCCAUCCUUCCAUCCCUCCUUCUGCUACGCCAUCCAUGGGACUGCAGAACUCUGAAGAGAACGCCAGGAUCUCCAUCACCUUCUUCCGGCUGUUCCGCGUGAUGAGGCUGGUGAAGCUGCUGUCUCGCGGGGAAGGGAUUCGGACCCUGCUGUGGACCUUCAUCAAAUCCUUCCAAGCACUGCCCUACGUAGCUCUACUUAUAGUGAUGCUAUUCUUCAUAUACGCUGUCAUCGGCAUGCAGAUGUUUGGUAAGAUAGCGCUGCGGGACCACACGCAGAUCAACAGGAACAACAAUUUCCAGACGUUCCCUCAGGCAGUGCUGCUGCUCUUCAGAUGUGCAACAGGUGAGGCGUGGCAGGAGAUCAUGCUGGCGUGCUCGCUCAAUCGGCCGUGUGAGAAAGGAUCGACCAAUGAGAACAGCUCUUCCACUGAGGACUGUGGCAGCCAGUUUGCCAUCAUUUACUUUGUCAGCUUCUACAUGCUCUGUGCCUUUCUGAUCAUCAACCUGUUUGUGGCUGUCAUCAUGGACAACUUUGACUACCUGACGCGUGAUUGGUCGAUCCUGGGGCCGCAUCAUCUUGAUGAAUUCAAGAGGAUCUGGGCUGAAUAUGACCCAGAGGCUAAGGGGAGGAUAAAGCACCUGGAUGUGGUGACUCUGCUGCGGAGAAUCCAGCCUCCCCUCGGCUUUGGGAAGCUCUGUCCGCACAGGGUGGCCUGCAAGCGUCUGGUGUCGAUGAACAUGCCUCUGAACAGCGAUGGAACGGUGAUGUUCAAUGCCACACUGUUUGCCCUGGUCAGAACUGCACUCAGGAUCAAGACAGAAGGUAACCUGGAGCAAGCCAAUGAGGAACUGAGGGCAAUAGUGAAGAAGAUCUGGAAGAGAACUAGCAUGAAGCUUUUGGAUCAAGUAGUGCCCCCUGCUGGUGAUGAUGAGGUAACAGUCGGGAAGUUCUACGCUACCUUCCUCAUCCAGGAAUAUUUCCGCAAGUUUAAGAAGAGGAAAGAACAGGGGCUGGUGGCCAAGGUGCCCCCCAAAACUGCCCUCUCUCUGCAGGCGGGCCUGCGGACUCUUCAUGACAUCGGCCCAGAGAUUCGGAGGGCCAUCUCUGGAGACCUGACCGUUGAGGAGGAGCUGGAUAAAGGCAUGAAGGAGCCUGUGUCAGCUGCAUCCGAGGACGAUAUCUUCAGGCGUACGGGUGGGUUGUUUAGCAACCACGUCAACUACUACAACCAGAGCGAUGGCCGCAGUUCCUUCCCACAGUCCUUCACUACCCAGCGUCCCUUGCACAUCAGCCAGAAGGGCUCCCCAUGCGAAGGCGAGAGCCCGUCCCAUGAGAAGCUCAUGGACUCAACCACUUUCACUCCCUCCUCUUACUCUUCAUCAGGCUCCAACGCCAACAUCAACAAUGCCAACAACACCGGCAUGGCCGGGGUGGCAACCCAAGGAAUCAGUCGAUUCCCAAGCCCGUCCAUAAGCACCGUGGACGGGCACACAGGACAGCCGCUCACCCCCAUCCUGCUGCCAAGAUCUGCAUGGUGCUUUCCUCCAAAGAGCUCGGACUCGAGUGACAGCCGUCUGCCGAUCAUUCGAAGAGGCGAGGGGUCAACGGAGGAGACGUACGAUGAGAGCUACGGUGACGACAGGGAGUACCACGAGGACGACCACUCGCUCUCCUCUGACAUGCUGGUGUACCAUGAUGACACAUGUAAGCAGCUGACUCCCAUGGAGGGAGGAGAGGAGGUAGAAGACAGAAGAGGAGGAGGAGGGUGGCAGUCUCCCAGAAGAGUCUUCCUCUGCCCCACUUCUCUGGGGCGGAGAUCAUCCUUCCAUCUGGAGUGUCUCAGGAGACAGUCAAGGCCAGAUGUGUCCCAGAAGACGGCUGUACCCCUUCACCUUGUACAUCAUCAGGCUCUGGCAGUCGCAGGGUUGAGUCCUCUGCUAAGAAGGAGUCACUCACCUACCCUCUUCAGCCGGCUGUGCUCCACGCCUCCAGCCAGUCCCACAGCCCAUGGCAGUGAUGCCUCCUACCAGCGAGUGCCCUCUCUGAGGUUAGAGGGCUCCAACUCGCAUGAAAAGCUCAAUACCAGCUUGCCCUCUGUCAACUGUGGGCCCUGGUACAGCGACAGUAAUGGGAACAGCAGGGUGCCCAGUCCGAGCCCCGGCGCAUCAGUGUCCAGUCAGAGACCACCACGGCCUGUGUCGCUCACAGUUCCCUCACUACUGGGAAAAGACUCCAGCUCGCUGUCUCACGGCAGCGCAGGCAGUCUGGUGGAGGCGGUGCUAAUAUCAGAGGGUUUGGGUCACUUCGCCCAGGACCCGUCGUUCAUCGAGGUGACCAAAGCUGAGUUGGCCGACGCCUGCGACAUGACCAUAGAGGAGAUGGAGCACGCUGCCAACAACAUUCUCAACGGCAACACCGCCACAAACGCCACAUCCAGCACCUCCUCCACCUCCCAGCACAGCCCCAAUGGCAACCUCCUCCCCUUCCACACAGCAGCAGCAGCAACGCACAGGGACCAAGUGGUCAGCGAGGGAGGGGAAGAGGCUGGAGGAAGCAGAGGCUCCGUCCACGGGCCGUCCUCGGUGGAGGAGCGUCAGGAGCUGCUAGCAGGGGGGAGGGGACAAGAAGAGGAGGAGGAGGAGGCAGAAGGGAAGGAGGAGGGGCACCACAGAAGCUCGGUUGUGAUUGGAGGAGCGCGGCAGAGGAACAGCGGGCUGUUGGAGGACGAGGACACGGAGUGUGUGACGAGUUUGUAGGAGUCGGCGUGACGGGUUCAAUCGGCCGACUGG